AUGGGCAAGGUAGUCAAAUGGGUCGGCAUUGCCUUUGGCACAGCCGUCGCUUUAGGAAUCGGAGUAACCAUUGGUUGGUUUAGUAAACCUGAUGCUAUUGAGGACCCAGUUAGUGACCUUCCUGAUCCUGAAAAUGACGGUUUCGAUUUCAAAUUAAUCGACGAGUUCACCAAUGCCGUUGAUAAAAAGUUCCUUGAGCAAGAGACAGAACAUCUAAGCACAAAAAUUCGAUGGGCAACGAGCCAGGGCGAUUAUGAAAUGGCUGAUUAUAUCAUCAAUAAAUGGAAAGAUCAACUCGAUGAUGCUUGGUCCCUCGACUAUCAGAUUGUCCAUUCUUACCCCGAAGAAGAAAAUUGCUAUGCUAGGCUUGUUGGUGGAGCUAAAGAAUUUACCCUUCGUAAAAAAGAAGAUGCAGAAGAACUGCAAAACGAUGACCAGGUCCUUAUGUUUUACAAUGCCUGGGCUCCUUCUACUGAAGCCCCAAUUUCCACAUCCAAGCUUGUCUACGGACACUACUGUAAUGAAGACAAUGUAAACUGGCUGUUGGACCAAGACAGCGAUAUUUUUGACGGAGCAGUGGUCAUUUGCAAAUAUGGUGGCGGCGCCGGGCGGCCAGAUAAGGGCAAGAAUGUAAAACCACAUGGAGCCGCUGCGGUUUUGAUCUUCUCCGAUCCUUAUGACGCCUCCGACCCGUCAGACAAAGACUUUCCCGAAGGACCUGGAAUUCCAGAAGAUACUGUUCAACGAGGCUCGGCAAAAUACAAACGAGGCGAUCCUACUUCUCCCGGAUAUCCAUCAAUCGACGGAGCUUACUUUGAUGACUUGGAAGAUCUACUGAAUUACACUAGAACUCAAGUAGAAAGUCCACACAUCUGGGCACCCCUUCCUUCCCAGCCCAUCGCCUGGGGCGACGCGAAAUAUCUUCUCUCUCAACUUGAAGGAGGCCCUGUAAAUUCAGAAUGGAUUAGCGAAACUGCGCUUGAUACUCUUGAGAAUUUCGGAGGAUCUUUGAAAGACAACCAGAUGUUUGAACUUCAAAUCGCUGUCAAAUACGAGCGCAAGAAAUCCCAAGAUGUCAUCGGCAUCAUCGAAGGAUCAGAAUACCCAGAUGAAUAUGUCCUGAUUGGGAAUCACCGAGACACCUGGGUCAAAGGAGCAAUCGAUGCUGGAGCUGGAAUGACAACGAUUUUUGAAAUUUCGCGGCUCUUCAAAGAACUGGAAAUUCGACCAAAAAGGACGGUGGUCUUCUGCUCUUGGGGAAGUGAAGAACAUGGACUGAUGGGAAGCAUCGAAUUUACCGAGGAAUUCCUGGCUGUUCUCAAAGAAAGAGCGAUUCUUUACGUCAAUGCCGAUGUGAGUUUCAAAGGAAAUGAAUAUUUCUACUCAUCCGCAUCUCAACAAAUGCACGAGCUGGUUUUCGAGCUGACCGACUACAUAAAAGACCACAACGACGAAAGCAUGACUGUUACCGAAAGAUGGGCAGAGAAAACUGAAGCUACAGGAAGACCUACUAUCGGAAAUCCAGGUCUUGGUUCCGACUACGCUCCAUUUCAUCAAUUCGCAGGCGUACCGAUUGUUGAUGUCGGUUUUAAUCAGAAAACAAGAAAAGUUUCUCAAUAUUCAACCUAUCAUACCGGAUACGACAACCUCGAAUAUCUUCAUAUGAUCGACCCUGGAUUUUCCGCGGCGAAGAAAGUCACUGAAAUCGCUGGUGCUAUUUUGAUCAGAGCAGCAUGCUCUGACUACUUCCCCGUUGAUCCCUCUCCAAUGGCUGAUUACGUCGAUAGUUUGGAUGAAAAACUUCCGGAAGUGGGCAGCGAGGUUUCGACCGAGCAACAAAAUUUGAUCAAACGAGCAAGCGCGUCUUUCAAAAAUCAGCUUCGAGCAGCGAAGCAAAUCUAUGAUGACAGUGAUAGCAUGGACAAAAAACGAUCUUUCAUGAGAUUGUUGAAUUACUCAAAAUACCUAACCGACCAGAACUGCUGCCACCCGAUCCAACAUGAUCUUCAAAAUGUGGUUGUUUCAAGUCGACAAGAAGGUGGACCGGCAACAUAUCCCGGAAUUUCAAACUACUUUGGUCUUGGAGACAAGGAAGAGAUCCAACGACAGGUUGGAAUCUUGAUCACUCGACUCAACGCUGCCGCUGAUUACUUGAAUCUGAAACCGUUUUCUGUUCGAGCGAACGAGCUCUGA